CACCUCUUUUACCAAAGCCAACAGUUUACCCUAAGAAAAAAGUUGCUAUGAGUGUUACAACAGCAGCUUCCACAUCAGUAUCAGUAACUCAUUCUACAACAGACGUACAUCCUGUAACUUCUGUGAUUAGAAGCGUACCAACAGCAUCAGCAAAGUGCACAGUACCCUCUGCAAUAAAAACACCAGUACCUCCACCUGUUCCACCCAAACCAACUUCUAUCCCAGCAGGCUUGAUGUUUAGUCAUAGAACAACAGAAGUUGUUAAACCUCCUAUUGCUCCUAAACCUGUAAUGAGCCAGCCUACUUCUUCUUACCAGAAGAUAGAUGAUACACUGCCAAAAUUGUAUACUACUCCUAGCACAACAUCAAUGACUUUGAAUUUAACAACACGAACAGAAUGCAAGAUGACAUCUCCCACAUCUCCCAUGUCUCCCUACUCAAACAAGUCUUCUCCCAGAUACACAAACUCUCUUCAUGAAACCUAUGUAGUUAUUACUUUACCUUCUGAACCUGGAACUCCAACUGAUUUGGUAACAACACAAGCCCCAUCCAUUCUUCCUUUAGGCUCUCCAUCAAAACAACAACACCAACCAGCCACAAUAUCUGAGCUCAUUACUCCUUAUACAAAAUCACUUGAAGACCUUCAUGGAAAGGGUCCAGAGAAAUAUGUUUCAGGAUUGAGUCAUAUUUAUUCUUCUGUUUCAUCAACUCAGCCUAAUCUAAUUGCACAAGUAGUGACUACAGAGGUCCAAAGAAUGAUGGUGUCUCUUGUUCAUGAAAGGAUAUCAUCUACCAUUGCUCCUGAUGUGCCAGUUACAAUCUCUUUGGAUGCAGCUAAACAACAACCAAAAAGCACAGAAAAUGGAAAAAUCUGCAGUGUUGGUGAUAUAAUGGAUCUUAGGACUUUGACAAAAUUAGAUGUGGAAAUGCCUGAUAAAGGAAUGGAUUUAUCUACCAGUCUUACAGAUAUGCAACGCCUGUCCUCAAGUGAUGGUAGCAGUCGACAGAUAAGUGCUGUUCAGCCAUCUGUUGUUAAUCUGAGCACAGCAUCAACACCAGUGUCAACUUUAGCUGUUGUGACAGAAAGCAUAACUAUUGUAACAUGUACCGCUACUAUAACAUAUAGUACUGCAGGUGAUAAACCUCUGGAUUUAGGUAACGCAAUGUCAGUACCACUACAGCUUACAACAUCUAAACCAUUUGAGCCUGUCCAUCAGAUAACUUACAAAACCGUAUCUAGUCAGAUAACAGCUGCCAAUAAUGUAGAAUCCCCCAUAAAUCUGUCAUUUGGUGCAACUUCACAGGCAUCUGUAAAGCCUAUUACAGUUGCUCCAGUAAGUGUAAUAAAUGAUAUUAUUGAUGCCUCCACAAAUCUGGACCCACUUCAAAAUGGAGCAGUGGAUCUUAGCACUACAAAACCACUUCGCACCAUGGUAGCUGUUGAUGAAUCUUCUUCAUCUGUCGUUACCACAGUGAUAGAAGAUGAUGAAAAACCAGUUGAUUUGACUGCUGGGAGAAGAACAGUUUGCUGUGAUGUUGUUUAUAAAUUUCCUUUUGGACGUACCUGUACCCAACAACCUGUGACAACAUUGCCAGAAGAUCGUUUUGGCUAUAGAGAUGAUCACUAUCAAUAUGAUCGUGCUGGACCUUAUAGUACACGAGGUAUUGGUAGCAUGAAACCUUCAAUGUCAGAUACUAAUCUAGCAGAGGCUGGUUUAUUUUUUUAUAAAAGCAAACAUAGCUUUGACUAUCGCAGUGAUGUGACUGAUGGUGCAGUAGACCUUACAUCGGCAAGAGUAUCAACAGGUGAAGUAAUGGAUUAUUCAAGCAAGAGCUCAGGCUCAUAUCCAGAAACGAGGCAGGUGAUUUCAAGAACUGGAGCAAGUGUUCCUCAGUAUUCCCAAGCAAGAAUCACUCCAGCAAUAGGAACACAAUUUGGUGUAAGCAGUGUACUAAGGUCAUCCAAUGGUGUUGUAUACUCCUCUGUGGCAGCUCCAGUUCCAACUACAUUUGCCAUCACAACUCAGCCUGGGUCAAUCUUUAGCACGACAUACAAAGAUAUAUCAGGACAACACACAAUUGAUACCCUGCCGUCUUUGUCAACACAACAAAGCCAAACAGCUGCCAGGUCGUAUGGUUUCUUAACAAGUACAACUGCUGAGCAAGAAAGAGUUGCUUCCACUGAAACAAGUUUGCAAAACGGUGCAACCACAGAACAGUUGAAAGUAGGGCAGUCUGACCUGAUUCCAACAACAGCCUCAAUUUCUGAAUCAUAUGCUGAUGCCUCUCUAGAGGCUAUUGCAUCUUCCCUAGAAGCUUUGACCUCACCUCUUGCAUCUAGUUCGGAUGACAGCAAGCAACAACAAUUCCAAAUGGAGCGGGAACUCCUUGAGCUUGAAAAAUUGAAACAGCUACGCUUAGCUGAAGAAUUAGAGUGGGAGAGACAAGAGAUUCAAAGAUUCAGGGAACAAGAGAAACUCAUUGUACAAAAAGAAUUGGAAGAGCUUCAAACAAUGAAGCAUCAACUGCUCUAUCAACAGGAAGAGGAGCGGCAAGCACAAUUAAUGAUGCAGCAAGAAACAUUUGCCCAACAACAAUUACAACUUGAGCAGAUCCAGCAACUGCAGCACCAGUUGCAGCAGCAACUGGAAGAACAAAAGAUACGCCAGAUUUAUCAGUAUGGGUAUGACCCUUCUGGAAGUGUGUCACCACAAGCAAGUUCAGAACCGUUAUUGCUAGAUGCACAAUACACAGUGACAGAAAAUGGUCAGUAUUGGCCCGUCCAUGAUGAAACAUCUACUACAGCUGCAGUUUCUGGGAUUGACCUUUCACAAAGUGCAACAUGGUAUACUGUUCCUUCAGAAGGAAUUGCUCAGUUUAUCACUAGUCUACCCAGCUCCAUGUCAGAUAUGACUCAGAAGGAAAAUGAUGUCCAAAGUCACUAUGCUGAACAUGAUACAGAGCAAGUGGAUGAUGGAAGAACAUUUAAAAAAAUUGUAGAUAGUGGUGUCCAAACUGAUGAAGAAGAUGUAGUAGAUAGGACUUAUACAGGAAGACGAAGAAGAACUAAGAAAAGUGUAGACAGCAGUGUGCAAACAGAUGAUGAGGACCAAGAUGAGUGGGCGCUACCUCCAAGGUCACGAAGAAAGUCACGAGUAAACAAAUAUGGCGAAGGUAUAAGUGAAAUAGAUAAAAGUAAGCAGCUGUCUAAAGUUUCUAGCAUUGCUGUCCAAACUGUUUCAGAAAUGUCAGUUCAAACUGAGCCUGUUGGAACUAUAAGGACACCCUCAGCUCGAGCAAGAGUAGACUCCAAGGUGGAAAUAAUAAAACAUAUUUCUGCACCAGAGAAGACUUACAAAGGUGGGAGUUUGAGCUGUCAAACAGAAACAAGCACAGAUAAACAAAAAGGACAGUAUUCUCCACAAAAGGACAAGAAACGCCCAACUCCUUUAGAAAUAGGUUAUACAACCCAUUUGAAAGCAGAUUCCUCGCUGCAUGUUGCACCAUCCCCACCUAAAUCCCCUAAAGUCUUGUACUCACCCAUAUCUCCUGUUUCCCCAAGCAAAUCUUUAGAAUUUGUUCCGUAUGAAAAAUCCAUCAGUGAUGAGGUUAGUCCACAGAAAAUUCUUACCACUGAAUCAUCUAAAGCACCUCCCCCAAGCCCAAGAACAAUGAAGAUGAUGCAGCGUUCAAUGUCUGAUCCGAAACCACUGAGUCCCACUGCUGAAGAAACCAACAGAGCUCAUUUUCAGUAUUCUGAUGGCUAUUCGACCAAAGUUUCUCCAAGUGGGACAUCAACUGGAACCCAAAAGAAAGUUAAAAGAACUCUUCCAAAUCCUCCACCAGAAGACGAUGCAGGUGGAAGUCAAUCAAGUUAUACAGCUGUUGGUUCAAUUUCCCGGAGGCGAAUAUGCAGGACUAAUACUAUGGCUAGAGCCAAGAUCCUCCAAGAUAUUGACAGAGAGCUAGAUCUUGUGGAGCGAGAAUCAUCUAAGCUUAGAAAAAAGCAAGCAGAGCUUGAUGAAGAAGAGAAGGAAAUUGAUGCCAAACUGAGAUAUCUUGAAAUGGGUAUAAAUCGAAGAAAAGAAGCAUUACUCAAGGAGAGAGAAAAGAGAGAAAGAGCAUAUUUGCAAGGUGUUGCUGAAGAAAGAGAUUAUAUGUCAGACAGUGAAGUAAGCAAUAUCAGAGGGACUAGAGCAGAUGGCCAGCAUGGUCUGGAAAGACCAAGAACAGCACCACAGUCAGAAUUUAACCAGUUUAUUCCCCCACAAACUAAACCUGAAUCCCAAUAUGCUCAGCCUACAAGUCCUUACUCUCAGUACCAAUAUGCUGCGCCUUCACUACCAACACAAGCUUCUACACAAUAUUCCCAGCAAACACAUUACCAGCAGCAAUCACUGUAUCAUCACCAGGUUUCACCUUACCAAACACAGCCCAGUUACUCUUCUGUACCAACAAUAUCAUAUCCACAAACUCCCCCUUCACAGUCCCAACAGACCAAUUAUCAGCACCCAUCACAGAUGUUGUUAAUGCAACAGAAAUCUAGGCAGACAACACUUGCUGAUCUAGAGCCAAAGAUAACAACCAAUUAUGAAGUAAUACGCAACCAGCCCAUCAUGAUUGUUCCUUCUUCUAGUGAUACUACGUAUGCAGUUCCUCACCUAGGAAGCAAAUAUAGCAAUCUUGAUCUAAGAAUAGGUAUAGAUGAAAGAAGUAGUAUAGCAAGUAGCCCUAUGUCAAGCAUAUCUGCUGAUUCUUUCUAUGCAGAUAUUGAACACCACACUCCGAGGAAUUAUGUUCUAAUUGAUGAUAUUGGUGAGCUUACCAAAAGUUCUACAUCAUUAUCCUCAACAUUUAACAUUCCCGAUAAGGAUCUUUCGAAAGCUGAUCGCUUACUUCGAAAUGCUGAUGUACGCAGGACUCCAGAAGUUACAGAUUUUCUUGGACCAUUGCAGUCUUCUUCAAGGUUGCAUUCUUAUGGAAAAGCUGAUGAAGAAUCAAUGGAGGAUCCUUAUGAGUUAAAAUUACUUAAGCAGCAGAUUAAGCAGGAAUUUCGUAGAGGAACAGAAGGUCUUGAUCACCUUUCAGGUCUGUCUCACUAUUAUCAUGGUGAUACCAGUUACAGGCACUUCCCUAAAUCUGAAAAGUACAGUAUCAGUAGACUUACUCUUGAAAAGCAAGCUGCAAAGCAGCUCCCCCCUUCAGUAUUGUAUCAAAAACAGAACAAGCACAAAAAAUCUCUGAUUGAUCCCAAAAUGUCUAAAUUUUCACCUAUUCAAGAAAGUAGAGAUUUAGAGCCAGAAUAUGGCAGUUACCUAACCUCUAGUACUCCUUCAGUUAGUGAACUUUCCUCAAGAGCUCGACUACUGCAGGAUGAUAUUACUUUUGGACUGCGAAAAAAUAUCUCAGAUCAACAAAAAUAUCUUGGGUCAACAUUAGGGGCAAAUCUUGCACAGUCUCUAGGACAGACGCUUAAUUUGUGCCCAACCUUGAGAUCUUCUAUGCAAGAUGAUCUUGAUAAACCUUACCCAAGUGGUAGCAGGUCACGGCCAUCAUCAAGACCCUCCUCAGUUUAUGGACUGGAUCUUUCAAUAAAACGGGAUUCAUCCAGCACAUCCUUAAGGCUUAAAACACAAGAGAAUGAGCCAUUAGAUGUGUCUUACUCUCAUGCCACACCAUCUGUAAGAACAAAACCAACUAGUCUACCAAUUAGCCAAAGCAGAGGGAGAAUACCAAUUGUGGCUCAAAAUUCAGAGGAAGAAAGUCCUUUAAGUCCAGUUGGGCAGCCAAUGGGUAUGGCUCGUGCUGCGGCUGGACCACUGCCACCUAUAUCUGCUGAUACAAGAGACCAGUUUGGCUCAAGUCACUCUCUUCCCGAAGUCCAACAGCAUAUGAGAGAGGAAUCAAGAACACGAGGCUAUGACAGAGAUAUAGCAUUCAUUAUGGAUGACUUCCAGCAUGCAAUGUCAGAUAGUGAAGCAGGAGGCACUAGCUGGGAUUUAGAAGCAUAUCACCUGCGUAGAGAGGAGACUGAUUGGUUCGACAAACCACGGGAGCCCCGCUUGGAGAAUGGCCAUGGCUUGGACCGGAGGUUUCCAGACAGAAUGUCACACAUUAAACAGAGUGAGAUCAAGCCAGUUCAUUACAACUUUCCUCAUACCAGAGUCAGGUUGCUAAAGGAUCCAAAAGACCACAGUGUGUCAGGUAAUGGUUUGGGCAUAAGAAUUGUGGGUGGAAAAGAUAUUCCAGGAAAUGGUGCAGAAAUAGGAGCCUAUAUUGCCAAAGUUCUACCUGGUGGAACAGCAGAACAGACAGGAAGAAUUAUUGAAGGUAUGCAGGUCUUGGAAUGGAAUGGGUUCACUCUCACCGGUAAAACCUAUGAAGAAGUUCAAAGUAUUGUCAGUCAACAAUGUGGGGAAGUUGAAAUAUGUGUAAGACUGGACGUGAAUAUGCUGUCUGACUCAGAAAAUCCACAACAUCUGGAUAUCCAAGAACAAAUAAAAUCUGGAGAAAUUCAGAGGUCUCCAGGGGUUGAUCCCAAGCAGCUGGCAGCUGAAUUACAAAAGGUUUCUCAGCAGCAGACACCUUCUUCUGUCAUAUCAGGAACAGAAAAAGGGGGGCAUAUUCACUCUGGUACCACUUCUGCAGCCUCAAGUGCUGUUCCCAGUCCUGGUCAGCCUGGUUCUCCUUCAGUCAGCAAGAAACGGCACAGUAGCAAGCCUACAGAUGGCACAAAGUCUCAUUCACAUCCAAUCACAGGUGAAAUACAGCUACAAGUGAACUAUGACAAACAUCUUGGGAAUCUUAUUGUUCAUGUUCUUCAAGCCAGAAACCUUGUACCCAGGGACAACAAUGGAUAUUCAGACCCAUUUGUUAAGGUCUAUCUCCUGCCAGGUAGAGGCCAAGUCAUGGUUGUCCAGAAUGCCAGUGUGGAGAACAAGCGAAGGACAAAACAUGUGCAGAAAAGCCUGAACCCAGAAUGGAAUCAAACUGUUAUCUAUAAAAAUAUCCACUUGGAGCAGUUGAAGAAGAAGACUCUUGAAGUCACAGUUUGGGAUUAUGAUAGAUUCUCUUCGAAUGACUUCCUGGGAGAAGUGUUAAUUGAUCUGAGCAACACCUCUCACCUUGACAAUACUCCAAGAUGGUACACUUUAAAGGAGCAAAGUGAAAGCAUUGACCAUGGGAGACCUCAUUCUGGACAGAGCAGUCAACAGUCACCAAAGCCAUCUGUAAUCAAAAGUAGAAGCCAUGGAAUUUUUCCAGAUCCCUCAAAGGAUAUGCAGGUUCCCACCAUUGAGAAAUCUCACAGCAGCCCUGGAAGCUCCAAGUCAUCCUCUGAAGGACAUUUACGUUCUCAUGGACCAUCCCGCAGUCAAAGCAAAACUAGUGUCACUCAGACCCACCUUGAAGACGCCGGGGUUGCCAUUGCAGCAGCCGAAGCAGCCGUCCAACAGCUUCGCCUUCAACCAACAGUUCAUAAAAGCGGUCUGACAAGUCAUGUCAAGAAGCAGCACAGACACAGCAUAGCUGGAGUCCUCCCAAUUCACAGAACUCAGUCUGACAAUCUGCCUUCACCAGCCAAUGAGAGCAAAGAUGCAAGUCAGCUUGCCAUCAGGAAAGUGAUGUCUGAAGGACCACCUAAGUCUGAAGGAGCAAAGUCCAACCACAGAGUGACAGACUCCUCUGUGUCAACUGCCUCAUCUGUCAGCAGUUUUGGCAGUGGUUACAGCGUGGACAGCGAAGGUAGCACUGUUGCUGGAGACAACAACAUCUUCCCUGUUCCACGAAUGGGAAAGGCUAUUCAAAAUGGUACUGACAAACCAAGAGGACAAGACCAGCUCAAACAACAAGGACUGGGCCUAACAGAAGGAGAAGGCAAAACACAAGUGAUGGGUGAGAUCAAAAUUGGGCUGAAAAAAGAAAUGAAGACAGAUGGGGAACAACUCAUAGUAGAAAUUUUACAAUGCAGAAACAUCACCUAUAAAUUUAAAUCACCGGAUCAUCUUCCAGAUUUGUAUGUGAAACUUUAUAUUAUCAACGUAGCAACACAAAAAAGAGUAAUUAAAAAGAAAACGAGAGUGUGCAGGCAUGACAGGGAGCCUUCAUUCAAUGAGACUUUCCGAUUCAAUAUGUGCCCAGUAGGACACUCUAUCCAGAUUUUCCUGGUCUCAAAUGGUGGAAAAUUCAUGAAGAAAACUCUGAUUGGUGAGGCCUACAUCUGGUUGGACAAAGUCGACCUAAGAAAGAGAGUUGUGAACUGGCACAAACUACUGGUCAGCUCCAGCCAAAGUCAUUCAUAAUGGACAUCCAGUGUGUUUACACCACUUAUAAAAAAAUAACUGAUAGAGAUGUACAACAGACAUGGGGCCUUUGCUUUUGCACUGUUUAGAUAGACAUAGUCCACUGAAGGGUGGAGAGAGAGGAGGCCCCAGAAUCCCUAAAGCUACCACACUUCAAAGCAUACACUUCCAGGAAGAGCUGUGCUGACGAUUGAGGGUUAUCAGAUGGAUAGGUGUGUUCUAAGCAGACCGUAUGUGGAACUGUUAUCCUUGGCUGCGGUGGAGUCAGUUUAAAAAUUGAGAAUGCUUUUCCUUCAGUAUUGUCUCCAAAGGGAUUGAUUAAAACCCCAUUGUGGAAAGCUGGUGCCAUUUGUGCAGUGCAAACUGAGCAGGGUAAAAAUAGAGAAACUUCAUAAAUAACACUUAAUCAAAAGUGUGAACUUUGUAUGUAGCUUGACACCCACAGUUGUGACAGCACACAAGCAAAAAAAAAAAAAAAUACUGUAGGAUUUUGUGUUGUUUCAUUGCUGACAUUUUAAUAUUUUAAACACAGUAUACUGAAAAAUUGGUAAGUAGAGGAAAAAUGUCUAUAUUUUUUUGUUUACGCUCUUGUUUUCAUUUAUUUGACACAAGAUGACAAGAAUACAGCAAGCCAGUAUGCAAAUGAAUUCAAGCAGCACAUUUAUUCUUACUUUUUGCAGCCAAUAUUUGAUUUUUUUAUGCAGAAAAUUAGAAAACACUAUGUUCAUACCAUAAGUGAGCUGCAUUUCUCUUAGGAAGUCUUUCUACUGAAGCUUGACCAAUUUAUUGUGAGUUGAGCGUAAAUGCCAAAAACUCAAAGGAAAAACAUUCAUUUACAUGAAGAAAAAAAAUGUACACCUCACAUUCUUCAGGGUUGCAGGCACAGCCAUUCUGCAAAAAGGACAAUACAUGUCAACUAUAUCCCUUCUAAUACUGUUAAAAAUUAACUGGUUAACAGCCUUCAUUGUAUAAAGCUAACAUUUACUCAUCUAUUGAUGAUUUGGGUCCAAGUUCCUUAUUGCUUUCUUAUAUCAGAAUUCACUAUUUCCAAAAAAAAAAAAAAAAAAGAUUCUGUUCCUAAAAUUCAAAUGGAUUAUUCUUUUUACAGGUACAAUUUUUAAUUGUUUCAGCUUUACACAAAAUGACUGAAAGUGACUGACAUGAAUUGACAUAAACCAAUUAUAUUUAUGAGAUCCUUUGAUAAACUGAGGAUAAAUCUAAGAAUAAUCCCUUAAAAUGAAAUUGGAGCUUAAAACAGGGCUAUAAUCUAUAUGUAUUUUAUAGAAUAUGCAGUAAAAAUGAGCCAUCAUAUAACAGAUAUGGUGAAUGAAGACAUUUAUUUCUUUUUGAACUUCGUAAAGUACACAUGGUGCUUUUAGUGUUGCUUAUAAUAAAGUUUUUUGUAAGCACUGCCUUAUGAAUUGUCACUGUGUUAACACAUAGUGUUUAUACAAAGUUUACCAUUCUAAAACCAAUAACCAAAACCAAUCCACAAUGAGGAACUUUAUAAGCAAGGUAAUUGCACCAUUAAAAUGGGUUAUGAUAAAAUAAGUAAGUAAUAAAGAAGGAACAGAACAGAAUGUGCUAGUGUAACAUGCUUUGCCUUUAUAGGCAAAAAUAAAUAUAUAUAUUCAUAUCUGUUCCUUUCCAUCUUCAGAGAAGCAUGAUGUUCAAUGUCACAGAAAUAAAUGGAAAAUCCUGUAUGCUUAAUUUAAGCAGAACAGUUUGUUUUUAAGUGAAGUAUAAAUGUAUACAGUCAUUUCAAAAUCCUUCCAAAUUAAUUAGAUCUCAAUUGAUGCAAUGUACGUAAAAGUACAGCUGAGCCUGGCAUUUUUCAAAGGAGGUUCAAACUUUGUUAUGAUUAUCAGAGGAGACAGAAAUAGUGCUUACAAUCAGGGCACUAGUCACCCUCAAAUAGUACGUGACACCUUAGCAGCAGUUUGCAGGACUUCCUGUAAUGCUGUUAAUAUUAAAAAUGCUCCUUUCUUGGUGUACAGCAUGUCUUGUCUGUCUGUGUGUGUGUGUGCGUGUGUGUAUGUGUGAGUAUGUGCUGAAACAUUCCUGAUUGCUUCAGUCAAGUCUAAAAUAUAACAUUAAAAUCCAAAAGUGAAUUGAAUUGCUGUGGAGCUAUCCUGUUUCAAGUGCCACUAGUCCUGUAUAGUACAAAAGUAUUUCAUAAUCUAAUGCUGUAUGUCAAUUAUAUUUCUCCAAUUCUGAAAACAAAUGACUACAAGUUUCUGUAUUUGAUAAUAUUCAGUUACACCCAUGCAAUCAAUUAUUACAUGAUGUAUUCAAAGACAGACAUUUCAUUUCUUUUCAAGUGAGUGCCUAAUGUUUAACUUUUUUUGUUUUUUGUUGUGGGUGGACAAUUAGAGAAA